AUGCUGGCUUCAGGGGAAAGGGGGGGGAACAAGGACAUCCUCGAGGUUCACGAGCCCUGCGAGGCCGUGGUCGAUCUCCAGACCCGCUGGGAACUCGGGGGCAAAGCCCUCGUGGGACCCGGGCUGGUACACGAUCUCGCGCAGCAUGGCGCGCUGCACGCCGUCAAGCUGGGGCCGGAACAUCUCGUCCAUGGUCUCCUGCUUCAGCAAUUCCCCGCCGAGGAAGGCCUUCAUGAAGAUGCUGUAGUCGCGCGCGGUGGAGAACAGCCCCGCGCCGCCGCUCUCGAGGGGGUGGUCGCUGUCCUUGUCGACGGGCGGGGCCGCGGCCUCGAGGGAGCCGUCACCGCGGCGGCUGGUGUAGGCCACGGACCUGGCGUCGAAGUCACUUCCGGGCCAGAAGGUGGUGUCGCCCAUGCCGAGGGGCAGGAGGAUGUGGGCCUUCAUGUACUGGCCGAGGGUCUGGCCGGUGGCGGCCUCGAGGAGGAGGGCGGCCCAGUCGACGGCGGUGCCGUACCACCAGCCCUCGCCGGGGGCGAACUUGAAGGGGGUGGUGAACCCUUCCCUGGACCAGUCGAGGUUCCUGGCGGUGCGGCCGACGUAGUUGGACCACUUGAUCAGGUCUGGGUCGGGGAUGUCGUAGCCUAG